AGUGCGCUCCUUCACUACUCUUGUUAAUCUGUCAAUAAUGAUCGAACUGCCGUUUGAUAACAUCAUGGACCGGUCCCCUGAGGUCUGGACUCAGAUGUGGACCCGUGAAGAAGUCACCAAUCAAACUUCUUAUGGUUUUACGGAUCCGUUAUAUACUGAGGCCCUGCCCGAAUGGACUAUACCAUACAUUGGUCCAGCGGCCUGGGAGGACUCCGAAACGGCCCUUGCUAAGAUGACGAUGUUUAUGCGCCAUUAUUGGUGGUUGUCUUAUGUAGUGAUCGGAUUAUAUCUGAUCGCGGUUCCUACGGGCCAACAUGUCAUGAAGAAUCGCCAGGCAUUCAAAUUGAAGAAACCGCUAGCGCUGUGGAACCUCUUCCUCGCUGUCUUCUCAUUUACUGGUAUGUUACGUACAUUACCUCAUCUUCUCAAUGGAACUUUCACGAAUGGUCCUCUCUACUUCGUCUGCCGUAACGUUGGUGCCUCGUAUGGGCCUGGCCCCACGGGCAUUUGGGUCGGUCUGUUCAUUUUCAGCAAGUACAUUGAGCUUGUUGAUACUGCCUUCUUGGUGUUGAGGAAGAGGAACGUUAACUUCCUUCAUUGGUUCCAUCAUGCUACUGUAUUACUCUACUGUUGGCAUGCAGGAGCCUAUGAACAGCCUACCGGUAUCUUCUUUGCUACUAUGAACUAUAUGGUCCAUUCUAUUAUGUACUUCUACUACUUCCUAUCAUCAGUUGGUCAUAAGCCUAGGUGGGGCCUAACUGUUACCAUUCUACAGAUAGCUCAGAUGCUCAUCGGUAUGUUCGUCGUGGCCAUUCACUACUACGCCUUGAGGACAGUUCCUCGUUGUGAUGGUGCUACUCAGGACCUCUCUGCGGCAUUCCUCAUGUAUACGGCCUACCUCAUUCUUUUCGCACAGUUCUUCGUGGGUCGUUAUGUAGUAGGAGGAGGAAGCAAGAAGGCCAAGAAGGAGUAGUCAGGACAGUUUAUUCCUUCAUCAGUCAGUGGCAUUCCAGCGAUACUAUUAUAUACUCUAUAUGACUCUGCCUUAUUAUGCUCGUCCUCCCCUCUCACUCCAAACAGCACCCCAAGUGACCGCCGUCCAUUGGAAGGGUAUAAACCACUAUAGCUAGGCAUAGCGAGUUGUAGUGAGCCAUUCGUAUUUAAUACACACCUAGAGCGGUGCUCAUGGGAAAGAGUCUCUCCUAAAUCUUCCUCCAGUUAUUAUCAUUCCCCAUC